UUUUCAAGAUAUUUUUCUCUGUGGCAUAUACUGUGGAGCAACGAUUUUGGUGCUGCUUGUCAACCAGCGCAGGUGAAGACUAACAUGCGUCACCGAAAUUCCAGACAGUUAAUGCACUAACGCAAAUUAUCAUUAUAAAAAAUACGCGGCAAUAUGGAAUUCGUACCGGUAAGCGUGUUCUUUUGCUAUCUGCAUGCGUAAGCAACCGCGUCCAUGCACAUCCAUAUCUCAAGUGGAAUUGUUUAUUCUGUCUUUCUCAUAAGUAGAGCAAUUUCUUUACACAAAAAUAUCAAUCACUCAAAGAAACUAUACAUUUAUGCUCCGAUAACGUGGACGUAAGGAGACUGGCAACCUUUGACGGCUGACGAUAAUCAUCCACCGAUAAGCGCUACACGAACAAUGCCCGGGUUUGUCUGCUGUUGUUGAGGCAUUGUACUGCCUGACUAUGUGGUUAUCGUUAUGGCAGGACAUUGUUUAGGAACCCAUUUAAUCAGCAACAUAGCAGCUGUCGCCUUAGCACUGACACCGACACCGCGAUUUUGCCUUAUCAUUGUAUGCUUUUUUGCUGCUUGUAUAUUUGCGUCCGGAUUUUCUUGUGUGUGCUUAGUAUCUGCACUGUCGCUGUCCAGAAUGACCAAUGGUGGAGCCUUAUCCGGCACGGCCGGCGCACAGAUCUUUUUGGGAUUCAUUCUGAUUGUCAUUGAUAUUAGCAGUAUGGGAAUGUACAAGGGCUUCUCCGUGACCACCUACACGGGCUUCGUCUUCGGGAUCUUCUACAUCGUUACCGGGUCGCUGGGCGUGGCGGCCGGCAGCGCCGUCAGCCGCGCCAAGAGCUCCACCCGCUGCCUGACCAUCACCUCCAUGGUGAUGAGCGUCCUGUCCAUCCUCAACUCCUUCGGCCUGGCGAUCUAUGUGGGCACGUGGGUGGCCUUCUACGCCGUCCUGGACCGCUUCUCGGUCUUCGGUGUCCGCUACGGGGCGGCAGCGGCGGCCGCUCUGUGCGGCGUGGCCCUGGCCAUGUACAUCAUCAUGUUCCUCAUGAGCAUCGUCGUCUGCGUCAUGGCCAGCCGGGCCAUGUCCUCCAGCCGCUCCACGGUCACGCACGUCACGCAUGUCGUCCAGCAACCGGGGGUGGUGUACAACGCGCAACAGCAGACGCAGACCUAUGCCUACCCCGCCGGACAACCGGUGCCCAAGGUUUAGCGCUUGCACCGGGUUCUGCUGUGUCUCCUUAAGGUGUACGACUGCAGCCAAGGUAGUGGUGGCGGGAACCUCAAAUAGAUUUUAUUUUUUGGCGGCAAUUUUAUCGUUCUGCAUAAAAGUGCUUCGAUAGAAAAUGUUGGGAAUUCGUUGUUUUGUUUGAUAAGCGACAUUGUGAUAUUAUAUAAUUAUUCUAG